GAAUGAUGUCAUAGGGAGAGCUCCGGUGUAGUCAUUGUGCUCUCAUGGAACGUUACUAGAGGUCGGGAUCCAGCGCAUCCCCAUCAGCAGCAGCAGCAGCAGCAGCAGGAAGAAGAGACCUCAGCUAGAGCCCAUGUCCUGGUGACUGUGCAGCCAAGAGCCUCUCUCUGCCUUUGUAUGUGAGAGACAUCCCAGUCAAGCUGAGUGAUGAGUAUGGAAGAUUAUGAUUUCCUCUUCAAGAUCGUGCUCAUUGGGAACGCUGGCGUGGGGAAGACUUGUCUCGUCCGACGGUUCACUCAGGGGCUCUUCCCCCCGGGCCAGGGAGCCACCAUAGGGGUUGAUUUUAUGAUUAAAACGGUGGAAAUAAAAGGGGAAAAGAUAAAGCUACAGAUCUGGGACACGGCCGGCCAGGAGAGGUUCCGCUCCAUCACUCAGAGUUAUUACCGAAGUGCCAAUGCAUUGAUCCUGACCUAUGACAUAACCUGUGAGGAAUCUUUCCGGUGCCUUCCAGAAUGGUUACGGGAGAUAGAGCAAUACGCCAACAGCGAGGUCAUCACUGUGCUUGUGGGGAAUAAGAUCGACCUGGCAGAAAGGAGGGAGGUCUCCCAACAAAGGGCCGAAGAAUUUGCCGGGACUCAAAACAUGUAUUAUCUGGAAACUUCUGCCAAAGAGUCGGACAAUGUUGAGAAACUCUUCCUGAACUUAGCAUGUCGCCUGAUUGGCGAGGCACGGCAAAAUGCUUUGGUGAACAAUUUAGACUCCUCAUUGCCGGGAGAAGGGAAGAACAUCACUUAUUUGAACUGUUGUAACUUCAAUUAAAUACAAGGUCCUAUUGGAACAGCCAACGUAAACAUUAAGAACGAGCUGGGAGAUACUCGAUGAGAACCUUCCUGUGAUUCUGAUCUUCUGAGUCACGCCAACCGGUUCAGUUUUUGAGUUUAAGCAUGAUGGACCCAACGCUUCUUCUGGAGAUAAGCCAACCACGGUGGAAGAAUAAGAUGUGGGGAAAGAUAACCUCAGUUGGCCAUGGCGAGCUACAGAUCAUUGUGGGCCCCCUUGGCUUCAGAAGGGAGAAACCAUUUAGUUUCCUAGUAAAUAGUAAAAGCCUCUUUCAAAGACCAAGUAGAAACCACUAGUAUCUGUGUAUCAGGAUAGGGGAAACGUUUGCAUAUAUUCAUUUUCUGAUCUUUAUUUUUAUUUGGAAAACUUUAGACUGUCUUUCAUUUUCAGGAUCUCUUCAACCUCGUAUCUCAGAUUUAUUACUGCAGCACAACAUCUGUCCAUGUUUAAGAGUGACGGUGGACAUGGUAUUCAACUCAUGAGAUGUUUGACCAGUAGGUCAGGUCUGGCUCAGAGAUUUUGGAAAUACAAUGUUUUAAGGUCA